AUGUUUGAUAACUUCAUCACCUCCAACACUGGUGCCGCUUCGAUGACCCCCAUAGCCCUAGACCCCGCCGAGGGCCCCUCGCCGGCCUCUCGGCCCCGCAUCCUCGUCCCCGAAAAGGUGUCGCCGGACGGUCUCGCGCUGCUGACCCCCCACUUUGACGUCGACGUCCGCCAGGGUAUCGCCCCCGAAGAGCUUCUCGCAAUCAUCCCCAACUACCAGGGCCUUAUUGUGCGCUCCGAGACCAAAGUCACUGCUGAGGUGCUGUUUGCGGGCGCCAAGCUCAAGGUGGUGGCACGCGCCGGUGUCGGCGUCGACAACAUUGACGUGCCCGCCGCCACUUCUCGCGGCGUCAUCGUCGUCAAUUCGCCCGCCGGCAAUAUCGUCGCCGCCGCCGAACACACAGUCGCGCUGCUGCUAGCCACAGCGCGCAACGUCGCACGCGCUGAUGGCGGCUUGAAGAACGGUCGGUGGGAGCGCGGCCAGCUAGUCGGCAUUGAAGUCGGCCGCAAGACGCUCGGCAUCGUCGGACUCGGAAAAGUCGGUUUGCGCGUCGCGAGCAUGGCCAAAGGUCUGGGCAUGAACGUCGUAGCCGUCGAUCCGUACGCAAACCCAGACAUGGCCAAGCAGGCCGGCGUAGAGCUGUACCCAGGCCUGCACGACAUGCUGCCUAUCGUCGACUUUUUGACCAUUCACACGCCGUUGCUGGCAACGACCAUGAACCUCAUUGGUGAGGCCGAGUUUAAGACGAUGAAGAAGACGGCACGAGUGUUGAAUGUGGCGCGAGGCGGAGUCUACAAUGAAGCUGCUCUUCUGCAAGCUCUAGAUGAGGGCUGGAUUGCUGGCGCCGGUCUUGAUGUCUUUACCUCGGAGCCUCCUACAGCCGACUCUGUCGCCUCGCGUCUGACCCAGCACCCCAAGGUGGUCGCCACGCCGCACCUCGGCGCCUCGACUGUCGAGGCCCAGGAAAAUGUAUCCAUGGAUGUAUGCACCCAGGUCCUCGAGAUUCUCCGCGGUGGCCUGCCUACCAGCGCCGUCAACGCCCCGAUCAUCCUACCCGAGCAGUACCGCAAGCUGCAGCCCUCUGUCUCCCUCGUCGAGAAGAUGGGCAAGCUGUACACGCAGCACUUUGCCGGCAACAAGAUCAACAUGGUCGGCGGCCGAAAGUUUGAGCUCAUUUACCACGGUGAGCUUGCCGGGCUACCCAACACCAAACCACUGCUGGCCGCGCUCGUCAAGGGCCUCGUCGCCUCUUUCAGCGACUCCAACGUCAAUAUUGUCAACGCCACGCAGAUCGCCAAAGAAAAGGGCCUCACCAUAAGCGAGACGCACGCGCACGACUCGGCUAAGAACCAGUUUUACGCCAACCUCGUCACGCUCAAGUCGCACCCCGACGACGAUUCCGAUGCCCAGAGCGGCGGUGGCGCGCAAGUCAUCGAGGGCUAUGCGGCCAACAAGCGCCUCUACAUUUCGCGCCUUGGUCGCUUCAGCGCCGCAUUCCAACCCGAGGGCACUCUCAUCAUUUUGCACAAUUACGAUGAGCCUGGCAAAAUUGGCGGCGUUGGCACCGUCCUUGGCUCGCACGGCAUCAACAUUCGCUUCAUGCAGGUCGCGGCGCUGGGCGCCGAGUUCCGCGGCGACUCGACGCCGCCGACUGACGACGGACUGCAGUCAAGCCCCUCGCAGGAAUCACUAACGGACGUGCAGAAGCAGCAGCAGCAGGCAGGUGACGAAGCACUCAUGAUUCUGGGCAUUGCCGGCAAUGUGGACAAGACGGUCAUGGACGACCUGCAAAAGGCCGAGGGUGUGCUGAAUGUGAGUGUUGUGACUCUUUAG